AGGAUUUUACACAAAGAAUGAAGAUAAACAAGACAGGCUAUAAUGGUGUGAGCUUCAGCUCAAGCAUGUACAUGUGUAUGUGUAGUAAGUCAGAGAGCGUGACUGAACAGAUGUAUGAAAUAUGAAGUUUCAUAUCUUAAGGCUGCUGUCGGUUCUCUUUUUCAUCUCCAUCUGCAGCGGGCUUCUUUGGCACUACAUUAAUCACAGGUAUGCAACUCACAAAUCUCCACGCAAAGUUACACAGUGUCCUGCACAAAGAAACGGAAAUCCCACUAUUGACAAACUGUUAGAAAAUUACAAUCCCAAAUGGAAAAAGCAGCAGAAGAACAUCAAUUCCUUCAGGUCAUCGCUAGGCAAACGUUGCAAUGGCAUUUCCAAUGCACUGGUUACACAGGAUAACUCACCUGUGGGGACAAAUAUUAGUUUUGAUGCAUCUAAAAAAAAGCUGUUGGUGACACCAGCCCUGUUCAAUGUACUUCCCAAGGAAAGCCCCUUUAAAAAAGCCCCAUGGAAAACGUGUGCUGUUGUGGGCAACGGAGGAAUCUUAGCCAACAGCAGCUGUGGGAAACAAAUCGACUCUGCCUCAUUCGUCAUCAGGUGUAAUCUUCCUCCACUGAGCAAUGGACAUGAAAAAGACACGGGAAAAAAAACAAGCCUUGUUACAGCCAACCCCAGCAUCCUGUUUCAAAAGUACCACGGUUUAAAUAAGCAGAUCAAGCAAGAGUCAUUUGUGGAGGCUAUGCACUUGUAUGGGAACGCUCUAAUCAUGUUGCCGGCCUUCUCGUUCGGACGGAACACGGGCGUGUCCAUGCGUGCCCUCAACUCACUGCAGAACCACGGCACCGACGUCCCACAGGCUGUUUUCUUCAACCCGAAGUAUCUGAGAAGUCUGGCAGGCUUUUGGCGUGGUCAAGGAAUUCGCUCAGCGCGCCUCAGCAGUGGUUUAAUGAUGGUCAGCUUGGCACUGGAGCUCUGCAACAAUGUUCACCUGUACGGCUUCUGGCCCUUUUCAAUACACCCGUACACCUACCAGAAUCUCACCAACCACUACUAUGAUAACAAACAAGUAAACAAGAGAAUGCAUGCAAUGCCAGCUGAGUUUAAAACCUUGCUGAAUCUUCAUGAACAGGGUGUUGCCUAUCUACACCUAGGGGAGUGCACAAGUUAAACUGUGGAGUUCCUUCUAUUAAACUCCUCUGUUUGUACCAUAAGUUCACAUAAUUUAUCAAAAUGGUGCAAGGACAUUUAAUUUGUUUAAAAACUGCUGGAGAAUGGUUUUCUUAGUUCAAUGCAUCUGUAAUGAUGAACAGAUUUAGGGAUUUUUUUCAACUAAAAGCAUUGUUUUCUGGUGGAGUAAAAUUUUAUUUAUACUUUAAUGAUCUGUGGUUUAAACUGCUGAGCAUUUCCAGUCAGAAGGAAACAGCAGAGGCAAUAAUGGUUUAUUGUUUAUGUUUAUGUGUUUAUCCAUUAUGUGUUCUGGUCAAAAAUUAAUCCUACAGUUUUAGAAAAGGGGUCUUCCUUUAAAUUUUUGUAUAGUUCAAGGGAGAUAAACCUACAUUCUCCUACCUUUGUUUCCAUCAGAGGUGUGAAGUACAAUUGUACAGUUUUCUGGUCAGUGGAGUGGACAAAUAGCACAGAGGUACGGCUCAAAAUGGCAAAGUCUAAGAUCCUUUAACAUGUUAGGAUUCUGCAAAAGUGACUCUGCAGAUUAUUGUUUGUUUUACUAGGCAGUAGUGGCUAGUGCAAUUCUCUAUGCUGUUUCUAUGCAUCAGAUGGGCAGCUGAUGCAAACAGAGUGAAAAAGAUCAUCAGAAAGCCCAGCCCAGUCAUUGUGGUUUAACAUGGCAGCCUGGAGAUACUGGUGUAAACUGGGGUAUUGAAGCAUAAUCAAGGCGGUUUGUGGCUCCACUACAAAUACUUAACAACAUUCCCAUUUGUAUUGCACUAUAAUGAUACAGGAGCUGCCAAAGAAAAUACUCUGUACACUGCAACAUGAAGGAUCUGUUGGUAAUUUAUACACUCAUCAAUUCUACUUUUUUUACUCUGGUCAUUUUACAUUUACUGGAUUUGGCAGACGCUCUAAUCCAGAGCAACUUUAAUUCUUUUACUGAGCAGUUGAAGGUUAAAUGUCUCAAGGACCCAGCAGUGGAAGCUUGGUGGUCCUGGGAUUUAAACUCACACAACCUCCCAGUCGAUAGUCCAAAGCCUUAAUCACUGAGCUGUCACUUAAGUAUAACCUAUACCUAUCGAUGCAGGAUAAUGUUUUAUUCUUUUUAUUUUUUUUAUUGAACAUUAUCUUAUUUAUUUAAGAGACAUGCACUGCUCUGCUCUAUGCUGAUUUGUUUCCCACCUACCUUCUUAUAGAUGGUAGGACAUUCCUGCAGGUACAGGUACAGCGGGUACAGCAAACCUGCAGAAUUUUUCUAGCUGAAGCACUGUUGGAACAGUCAGUACUGUACAUAAUACUUACUAGUUAGUGGACUGGCUUUUUAAAACUGAAAUGCACUAAAGAACAUAUAGGGGCUGGUUAUACUAGGUAGUACUAGGUACUACUACCACAUUUAUUCUCCUGAAAGUAAAGAUAACUGUGAAAUGGACUAGAAUUUAUUGAAAGCCAUUUGUUUUAGACAGAUUCCUUCUCAUGAAGUUUUGAACUCUGCUUUUAUAAUGAUUGUACCAUUCCUAAAUGUUACUCUACCUGGACACAGAAAUACACUACAACAUUAAGUGUAAAUGUUGAGGAUUAAUGUGUUUUUCUGUUUGACUAAAAUUGACUAAAAGCUGAUUCCACAAUACUGUAUCCAAAUUCAAACAAAUACGUGUGAUGUCGCUGGAUUUUAUUUAUAAAAUUAUUUAUUAAUGCUAUAUUCACUUUUAACGUUAAUGUACGCUUUUUUUUUUUUUUAU